UUUUGUUUGUCCAGCUGACUUCUAUCUCAGAGUUUAACUUUCAUUGAGGACUGUUUUACGUUUAAAAAAAUAUAUAAAAACAAACAUUACGUAUAUUCUUGAAGGAAAUAAACCAGAAAUAAAGGCGAAGCAAUACCCUUCCACCGGUGGAGUUAUCCCAUCGAAAAGGAAAGGCUUUUAUACACACGGCUUCUAAGCGCUACGUGAUAAGAAAAACAGAAGAAAAAAUAAACGAAAAAAGUGCCGAGAUAUGUUUUAAAGUUAAUGGGGGAUUAGCGAGGGUCAUAAAAACGAGAAAUGUGAUAGAAAUACACUAAAAAGUCCAGGAAAUCAUCAAGAUGGCCGACGCCUAUUGUCUGACAAACUUUAUUGAUUUUUCCCUGUCGCUGUCUCUGCCGCUGAAGCAUCACAAUCGCAUCAAGUACACGUGCUUCGACAUAUCCGACUGCUAUAUCAUUUUUGGAGCUUCAUCCGGAUCUUUGUACCUGUUCAAUCGCAACGGAAAGUUUCUGCUGCUGAUUCCGAAUAAACAUGGUGCUAUCACUAGCCUCAGUAUUUCGGCAAACAGCAAAUAUGUAGCAUUUGCAACGCAGCGAUCAUUGAUCUGUGUGUAUGCGGUUAAUCUCUCCGCCCAGGCAACGCCCCAGGUGAUAUUCACGCAUCUGGAUCAGUCGGUGCAGGUCAGCUGCAUCCACUGGACCCAGGACGAGAAGCAGUUCUACUAUGGAGACUCGCGGGGACAGGUCAGCCUGGUGCUGCUCUCCUCGUUCAUUGGCCACAGUUUGCUAUUUAACAUGACUGUGCACCCGCUUCUCUAUCUGGACUCGCCCAUUGUCCAGAUCGACGACUUCGAGUCCCUUCUUCUUGUCUCCAACUGCACCAAGUGCAUUCUCUGCAACACCGAAUACGAAGAAUACAAACAGAUUGGAAACCGGCCAAGAGACGGUGCCUUUGGAGCUUGUUUCUUCGUAUCGCCGCAGGAAGCGAUUCAGCCAUCUCGAAUCUAUUGCGCCCGUCCUGGCAGUCGCGUGUGGGAGGUGGACUUCGAAGGAGAGGUAAUUCAGACGCACCAAUUCAAGGCUGCCUUGGCUACCGCGCCUGCAAGGAUUCAGCGACCCGGAAACGGAAACGACGAACAGGACUCCAAUGCCGAGCUGCUGGACCAUCAACCGCAGAAUCUUCAAUUUUCCAAAGUCCAAAGACUAGGCGAGGACUUUCUUUUGGCCUUCACGGAGCUGGGAUUGUAUGUGUUUGAUGUGCGUCGGUCGGCGGUGGUUUUGUGGUGCAAUCAGUUCGAGAGGAUCGCUGACUGCCGCCCCUCGGGGUCGGAGAUUUUCGUGUUUACACAGUCGGGAGCUCUGUAUAGCGUCCAACUGCAGACUCUUCAGUCGCAUGCCAUUUCCAUGAUGCAACAAUCCAAGCUGCUUCCCUGCGCAAACCUUCUACGUCAGAAUGUCCGGUAUUUUGCGGACAAAGCACGAGAAGACUAUGAGCUGAAGCAGCUGAAUCCGUUGAAGCAGCUUUUAAUCGAGCGACAGGAAUACGAAUUGCUGAACGAUAUAUCCGUGAUAUUCGACUCGAUAUCCCAGUGCACUGGAAGCGCCUUGGAUACCCACAGUUCGGGAGGAAGUUCUGCCACCACAGAGCGCAGCCUAAGCGGAGGAGGAAGCUCUACCAAACCAGCGCCGAAAGGUGUCUACGUUUUAGAGAAUGCCUUUUGUGAUAACCUGAAGCAACCUCCGAAGUCCGGGCAUUUCAAAGACGCUUUACUCACCGUGACCGGGAAGUUUGGAAAGAACAUUAUCAAGUACAAGUUUAACAUUUUCGCUGAAGAGCAGCAGCAGCUGGUGAGAGAACUGAUUCCAGCCAGUGAGCGUUCGCUUCCUUUUAAGGACAUCAAGGCCAGAUACGAAUCUGGAUCCGAGGACCAGGACGACGAGAUUGUUCGCCGAUGCAAGAAACCUUUACCUCAGGCCCCGCACAUAACUCCCGAGGAGAAGACACUUUACAAUCUCUACUUGAUCGCUAAGGGUUCUAGAUUUAGUCGGAGGCAAUGCGUCGAGCGCUACAGGGCAGUGUUCGAUGAAUAUGCAGCUGCUGAAUUGGUUAAUCUCCUCGAGAAACUGGCGAAAGUGAUGGUCGACCAUGGGGACACGAUAGACCAGGCAAGACGAAACUGCUACGAGAUGUACUUCGAUUACCUUGACCAGGAUUUAAUAUGGGAGGUGGAUGACGCGACAAGGGAUUACAUAGCUUCCGGUUUUAUUCUGCUGAAUUCUUCAGAAAAUACGGAAAUUGUGCGCUGUGAGCAUUGCUCCUUCCCCCUGCGGUUUGAUACUUCGUGCCAAUACCACGAUCUGGGAGCUGUGCUUCUCCGGUAUUAUUGGUCCCGAGGCGAUCAGCUGAAGUGCUUCGAUGUGGUACAUGCAGUUCCUGCUCUUCUGGAUGUCUUGGCCAAGUUCUAUCUAGCCGAACAGAAUCUCCCGAAAGUAGUCGCCAUCGUGCUGAACUACGGCUUGCCGGAACUACUGGUGGAUGUGGGAAAGCAAUUCAACGUUGGAGCCUGGGCGCGCUGUUUCGAGCAGUUUGUGGACCUCCAACGUGGGCAACUGGUGUGUGCCAACUGCGAAUGCGUUUCGGGCGUGGAGAGCGAGCAGUUGGGACGACACUUUUUCUACAACUGGAACUGUUUCCUAAACAUAGCACUGGACCACAUGGCUGCUAGGGAUACCUUGGCCUUGAUCUUUAAGUGGAGCACGUACAUUCCAAACGACGCCAUCGACAGGGAGUUUUAUUCACGCUGCCUGCUCAAGGGCUAGAACACCCUAACUAAAUACAUAUAUACGAUACUAUGUAGCCAUAUUUAUUGUUCCCACUAUUUAAUCUCAAGCUAAGGCCAAUACCAAAAGCAUUUAUUCUAUAUAAAAAUGUACACCCCCGAUAUGUAUAUUGCAAAUAAGCAGGAAAUUGCAUGAAAAUAUACAAGAGUUCGACGUUACAAUUGUG